AUGAGCUCUCAACCUGGGGUCAGAUUUCAUGACCCUCCGGUCACUGAAUUCACCUCAAUGGAUGUGGAUGAGUCCUCCAAGUCCCGGAUGUCCCUUGAUCCAUUAGAUGAUAUAUACCUUGGGCCGGAUGAUGAGUUAGACUCUGAUUCUGGGUCGUCCGGUGGUUUGGAUCUGUUGAAUGCGAUUCCCGAUCCAUCAUAUCCGGCGCUGGCGGAUGGACUGGCCCUGUAUGAUGACCCGGACUUGUAUCUUGGUCCGGAGGAUACCUUGAUUUCGUCUGAUGAUGCUCCGGCUGUACCCGAUUUUCCUAUGGCUGGUGAGGUUACUCCGGCUGAACCAGAGGCACCCAUACCUUCUAAUUCAGAAACUCCCGAACGUCAAUCGCCCGAGCCGGAACUCAACAAUGAAGCACUGCGUGCCAUGGUUCAGGAGUUCAUGCCAAUCGGAUCUUAUGAUCAAGCUGAAAUUCAAACAAUUGUAGAUCGCCUGGGUGAUUACCAACAGCGUCAUGGAAAUCUUCCUGCCCCUACAGUAGCACAACUUCUUGAGGCUGACAGACCAUUCAGGAUGGCAUGGGCUGAAACAUGCGACAAACUGCGGAAAGCAGAUGCGGACCUCCGGAGGAUGCAAAGGGUAAGGGAGUCAACCUCCGAAAUGCUGAAGGUAUUAGAUACCCUCAUUGAGUUCUUUGAGGACCCAAGUAACAUGUAA